GGCCCCCCCUCUGUGUUGCGCCUGGUCACUGACGAGCCCGUCCCUUGCCGCAAACGGGGUGAAUGCUUGGUGCGAGUGGAAACCGCUGCGGUGAACCGCCUGGAGGUGAAGGCGAGAGGGGGCGCCCUGCCGCGGCUGAUGAUCAAGCUGCCGCAGGUGCCUGGCGGCGACAUGGCGGGCGUGGUGGUGGAGGCCGACGAGGGUUCUGCCUUCCGCCCAGGCAGCCAGGUGAUGGCCCUGACAGACGGCUUCCAGCCCAACACCCGUCACGGCACGUUUGCUGAGCUGGUGUCGGUGCCAGUGGACCAGCUGGCCGCCAUGCCGCCCGGGCUGAGCUUCGAGGAGGGUGCAUCCCUGCCGCUGGUGUCCCUGACGGCGCAUCAGGCGCUGGAGGCCGGCGAGGUGCGGAAGGGCCAGCGCCUGCUGGUGCACGCCGGCGCCGGCGGCGUGGGCAGCGCAGCAAUCCAGCUGGCCAAGGCCAGGGGCAUGCACGUCACCACCACCUGCUCCGCGGCCAACGCCGACUUUGUGAAGCAG